AACGAGAGGGAAGGGCUAGAGCGGCUCUGCUCGACGUCUCAGAAAAGGACCGAGAGGCAGUUGAGCCGCUCUGUGUUCUCGGGGGAGUGAAUUGGGCGGUGGACCGGUUGCCGCGGGACGCCGCUUCCGGUCCAGGGCGGAAGUGGCGAGGGAGACUUCCGGGGAGGGAGGCGGCGGUUUCCCGCGCGGCAGGAGCUAUGGCGUCUUACGGCCGGAGCGAGUCUCCGCCUCGGGGGUCGUGGGGCUACGGCGACCACGACAUCGACGCCCGUCCCCGGCGCAAGCGGUCCUUCCCGGAAGAGGAGGAGGAGGAAGUCGGGUGGGGAGGGGUUGGGCCCCCCACCUGGAGGCCCUCGGAGAGAAGGGCGUCGCGGGAAAGGCCCCGGGCGACCUCCGGGCGGGACGGGAGGACGGGCCGGGGAGGGCCUUGGCCGGAAAGUAGGGGGGUGGAAGAGAGGGAGGGGGGAAAGGAGGUGGAGGUCCGAGGAGGGGGCAGGUCCCGGUCCCCUUGGGGGGGGCCUCGGAGGGAGCCCCUCCCCGCUCGGGAGGGCGGGAUGGGACCCUGGGAGCCCCCCCAAGGGAGGGCCCGGAGCAGGAGCCCCCCUCGGGGGUCAGACUCCGGCUGGAGAGGCCCUUCCCCUAGCGGCACCCGGGAGAGGGCGUGGCGCAGCCCCGCCGCCUCCUCCAGGAGCAGCCUCCUCUUCCCCGUCUCAGGAAGGGGGGAGGCGGAGAGAAGCAGCAGGUGGGGGGCCAGCCCCGGGAGGGAGGGGGGGGCCUGGGCCAAAGGGCAGCCGAGGAGCUGCCAGGAGGAGGAGGAAGGGCGGCAGUGGCAGCAUCAGAAACAGCAGCAGCAGAAGCAGCAGCAUCUCUCCAGUGGAAGGAUGAUGGGCGGACGCCACGUGGAGAGGUCCAGCAGCAGCACCAGCAGCUUCCGGAGCAGGGGAGCCCCAGGGGGGGAGGCGAGACAGGAUCGGGGCCAGGAGUGGAGCUACCUUGAGAAGGACCAGCACCCGAGGAGGAGGGGUGGAAGCGCAGAGAGGCGGAGGGCUCCUGAGGGAAGUCAAGGAGGUUUCCCCACCUUUCCUGGAGAGGAAGGGAGUUGGCGCAAUCCCAGCAGAGAAAGGGGCCAAGGGGGUCCUGCUGGAGUCCGACGGCCCUGGGGAAGCCACGCGCAGGCAGAGGUCCUGGAGGAUCCUGCCAGCUCCAGCCUCCCAAGCCAGCUGGGUUGGGACCAGGGCGAAAGCACAUGGGACAGCCCAGAGCGGAGAGGAAAGGAGCCUGAGAGCUGGACUGGAGGCGAACGCCUUGGGAUGCCUCCAAACCCCGACGAAGACCUGGAAGACUCAGAGGGUCCCUCCAGUUUCCGAGAAGAAUGGAGCCCCAAGGAAGGCCGGACCAUUACAGAGAGCUUCCCAGGAGAAUUGGGUGGCCGUCGGGAUCAUCCCAAAAUUGCCCCUGUCUCUUGGGUCCCGCGGGAGGAGGUGGUGGAUUUCUGGAACCAAUGCCAGUCUAUUUUGAAGAAGAGGGUGAGGGAAUACCUCCUGUCCACCUGUCCAAGGCCUGCCUUGCCAGACCGGUCCUCGGAGACCCCUGAACUGAACACCAACCUCCUCAGCUUGCUGAAUGCGAAACAAGUAAAAACCAUUUCCCGCGCCACUUCUCAGAUCCGCUUUAUCCAGGACGAGGUGCUGAACAUGUUGGCGCCCGCCAUGACCAUCUACGAGAUGGCCGAGGAAGCUGUCGAGAAGGGGGAGGCGGUGGAUCCGCUGGAGCUGCGCGAGUGGAUUCGGCGCGUCAUCCGCUACAUCGGGAGCAUCAACCAGAGGCUGCUGGUUCUGCGCCGCUCAGAGGUCCUCGCGACCAUCAACCCCCGCCUCAGGAGUGUGUCAACGGAAAUGACUGGGCGCAGUGCCGGCGGAAUGCUCUUUCCAGAAGACAAAGUGAAACUUCUGAAGGAGAUCAUCCGGAAGUUCCCACAGUUGGCCCAAGGACCGAGCCUGAAUCCCAAAAACCUCCAUCCAGGCCCCAGACCUAACUACGUGCGUCGGAAACCACGCCUUUCCAAGUUGGGCCCUCGCCUCCAGGAUGGUGGUGGUCAGCACAUGUCAGCCAGCUGGCGAGAAGACCACGACUGAGGAAGGAAAGGCUGCCUUCCGGCUGCACUCUUCCCGGGACCCCAGGAGGUGCACGAUGGCCAUGGUGGCCUCACUCCUGACUUCUGUGUCUGCUACUGGAUCUUAACGGCCUUCUUGUUGUUAAACGGAUCAUGGCCUUGGGAGGACCCUGCAUGCCGUCGUUCUUUUGGCUACUGGGGUGCUCCCAUCUCACCCGUGUCGUCUUUGCCCGUUGGAGAAGCCGGAAGAGAACCUGCUGAAAACAACAGAGACAUCUUAUUUUGGGGGGUGCCGAUGGGUUCCUUCUUCAUCCACCUCACUUUCUCCCCGAGGCAACGUCUCCUGCCUCCAGGGACUUUUUGAUCUCCAGCGAUGGCUCUUUGGGCAAGUAUGGGCCACCCCUUUCCUCCCGACACCUGUGAGCCGGUGGCUUAACGAGGCCCGCGAAGUGCCGUUGUUCAAAGGAUGUUUGGCAGGAUGGGAAGCCCAGCGUGUUCGUGGACCGACCUCCUUUUUCUGUCCCUUUCCACUCUCCCUACUCACCGCUUCAUCUUCUGUUUCAUAGUGACCGUUCAAUAAAGGUUGUUUAGGUGUUAUUAUC